AUGAAUCAGCGAACAACUACUGCAUUUCGAACACCAGCCGGAUGUACAACAGCGUUUGAGGUGGUAAGUGGAGAAAGACAGGGGGCAGUGGCAGGACACUUCGUGUUCAAUUUCGCCAUCGACGACAUUAUGCGAAGAACAGUAGAUAAGUGUCUUGCCGAUAUCAUUCUAACGCGAUCAGGACACCCCUUCACCGAUCUCGAGUUCGCUGACGAUGUUGUUAUAUUCGCGGAAAGCACUACGAAACUUCAACAUGUUGCCAACCUUGUAUCGAAGUUGGCUGCAUCCUAUGGACUACGUCUACGCCCUGAUAAAUGCAAGCAGAUGGUGAUCUCUUCGAGACCUCGAACGGGAAUCAGGGUGGACGGACAACCGAUAGAACUCGUCGAUGAGUUCUGUUAUCUGUGGUGUAUGCUGAAGAAAAAGAGCAGCCACGAGAGAGAUGUUAAGCAAAGAUGA